ACAUCCACUCAACUUAUAAACGUACAGCUCAUUGAGAAAGAACUUAAGCUCAUUUGUUCGUCGGUUUUGAGUAUUUUAUAUUUUUCGAGUUUCGUUAGGUGUUUUUUUUGUUUGUUGUUUUUGAGUAUUUUAUAUCUUUCGAGUUUUGUUAGACAUAUUUGUCUGUCUAUUUGAGUAUUUUAUAUUUUUCGAGUUUUGUUAAGAUGGAGAGACUAUCGUCUUUACUUCAAAUUCAGCCCCCGACUUACGGGAACCUGAUCACGGUUCUGAGUAUCGAUGGAGGUGGUAUUCGAGGCCUUAUUCCUGCCACCAUUCUGGAGUUUCUCGAAGCCCAGCUUCAGGAGAUAGAUGGUAAAGACGCGAGACUUGCAGAUUACUUUGAUGUUAUUGGAGGCACGAGCACUGGUGGACUCGUGACAGCCAUGAUCACGGCUCCAGAUGAAAACAGGCGCCCUCUUUUUGCUGCCAAAGAUAUCAAGCCUUUUUAUCUGGACAACUGCCCGAAGAUCUUCCCGCAGAGAAGUAUCGGAGGCAUAUUUGGUUUGCUUAGGAGCAUAUUCAAACUAUUCCGGGGUCCUAAGUAUGAUGGAAAGUACCUUCAUGGCGUUGUGAGAGAGAAGCUAAGAGAAACUAAGCUGCAUCAGACCUUAACCAAUGUGGUUAUUCCAACUUUCGAUAUCAAGCGCCUGCAGCCAACAAUCUUUUCGACUUAUGAGGCCAAGAAGAACCCGUGUUUUGAUGCACGACUAUCUGAUAUAUGCAUUAGCACCUCUGCUGCUCCGACAUACCUUCCUGCAUAUAGGUUCAGUAACCACGAUAGUGAAGGGAAUGCUCGUGAAUUCAAUCUUAUAGACGGCGGUGUUGCAGCCAACAAUCCGACACUGGUGGCCAUGACAGAAGUGACGAAACAGAUAUUCGAUGGCAACCCCGACUUCUUCCCAAUUAAGCCUGUGGACUAUCGAAGAUUUCUGAUCAUUUCAGUAGGCACAGGCACCGCAAAGAUGGAAGAGAAAUAUGAUGCAGACUCUGCAGCCAAAUGGGGAGUCUUGGGAUGGUUGCUUCAUCGCGGCUCAACUCCAUUAGUCGACGUUUUCACUCAAGCCAGUGGAGAUAUGGUUGAUUACCAUCUUUCGGUAGUUACUCAAGCCCUUCACUGUGAACAAAACUAUCUGCGGAUUCAGGAGGACACGUUAACAGGGAUAGACUCAUCAGUAGAUAUAUCUACGAAAGAGAAUUUGGAGAAGCUGGUCGAAAUAGGGGAGACUCUGCUGAAGAAGCCAGUUUCAAGAAUCAAUUUGGAUAACGGGGCCUAUGAACGCGUAGAAGAUGGUGGAACCAAUGAAGAUGAAUUGAAAAAGUUUGCGAAAUUGCUGUCACAGGAAAGGAGCCUGAGAGAGCUGAGAUCUCCGCACACCAACAAAGCUUUGAAGUCCCAGGCCCAGGGUCAGGAAAUCAUAAUCAACUAGCUAGAGCAAGCUUGCCAGUGCCACCACUCUGCAAUUACGCCAUCACGUAUGGAUUAAUAUGUAACUUGUUUUUGAUUAUUUUGUUAUAGUUUUAUUAACAAUGAACUUGAUUAUUCAUUCAGACGAAUUGUGUAAAAUUUAUAGCUUAAGUUAUGAUUAUAGAUCUCAGAUUUAUGUAUUUUUUAUUUUUAAAUUGAUGAUCCAGAAGUGGCUUUAUUUGUUAGUGCAA